AUGCUUUGUCCAACACGAACACCAAGACUGUUUUUACGGUUUGCCAGCACGGCGGCGAAAAACUCAUCUACACUUCUUCGAGCCCAAUUGGAUUUAAAUGCCAUUGUGGUGCAAUCUGAUGCAUACAAGGAAUCGAUAAACAGGCGUCAACUACCAAGGAGUUUGAUCGCUGACGUAGAUUUUAUUGUCGAAAACCGGCCCGUACAGUCUCAGACUUACACUAAGAUCAAUGCAUUGAAGAGAGAACGUACCGAACUUGCGGAGAAGAUACAGAAGAAAGAUCCAAACCUUGAUAACGUUAAACUCAGACUAAGCGAAAUCAAGAGCGAAAUCAAGCCAUUGGAAAAAUACGUCAAAGAUCUACAAGAGGAAAUAUAUAGCAGAGCCGAAGCUUUGCCAAAUUUGAUUGACUCCACUGCUCCAGAAAGUGCGACUGAGGAAGAGUUGGUGCAAUACAUCAACACCUCAGCACAAGAAGCUGAUAAUUUUGUUGGCUCUGAUUCGUCGAAAGAUCACAAGACUAUCGGCGAACAGUUUGGCUUGUUUGAUUUUACAAUAGCAUCGCGGAUAUCAGGGCCCUCGUGGUACUAUCUAUUGGGUGACGGAGCUUUGCUUGAGCAAGCCUUGGUGCAGUAUGCAUUAUCAAAAGCCCGUCAACAUGGCUACAAAAUGGUUAUUCCUCCUUCAAUUGUAAAGUCUGAAAUAAUACAAGCUUGUGGGUUCAAACCCAAUGAUCAGAAUAACGAGAAGCAAAUUUACCAAAUUGAGAACGAGCCAAGAUCGUUAACAGGGACUGCCGAGAUCCCGUUGGGAGCACUUCAUUCCUCCACCAUAUUCCCAUCGAGCACAAAAUUCCCUAUUAAAUACUCUGGCGUGUCGAGGUCUUAUAGAGCUGAAGCUGGCGCCAGUGGUAAAGACACUAAAGGAUUGUACCGAGUUCACGAAUUUACAAAAGUUGAACUUUUUCACUUUACAAAUUUGGAGAAAGCUGCGGAUGAGCUUGAAGGAAUAAAAAGGUUGCAGCUUGAAAUUAUUGAGGACUUGGGCAUAAAAGCCCGUUUGCUUAACAUGCCUACAUCAGACUUGGGAUCUCCUGCGAUGAAGAAAUAUGACAUUGAAGCCUGGAUGCCGGGGAGAGGGUCCUGGGGGGAGUUAACCAGUUGUUCCAAUUGUGGAGAUUAUCAAUCAAGGAGACUUGGCAUCAGGUUUAAUGGAAAGGACGAUAAAGUCUCACACUUAGCAACGUUGAAUGGGACUUGCAUGGCUGUGCCUAGGGUCAUUGUUGCAUUAAUUGAGCAAAAUUAUGACAGAGAAAACGACAUUAUACGCAUUCCAAAAGUGUUGGUGCCAUAUAUGGAUGGCAAAGAUUCCAUUACUAAAACUGAAUAA